CUCUCUCUCUCUUCUCCACUUUCACUCUACUGCAAAUCCAUUGAAAACGGGUGAUUGAACACGACCUCCAUUGAAAUUCCUAGAAAAAACCCUCUUCGUUCUUUCGAAAAUCAAAGUCAAACAACAAUGGGAGUGGGAGGGCACUUCUGGGAUUUGCUCAAACCCUAUUCUCGAACCGAAGGCUUCGAUUUCCUCCGCAACAAACGUGUCGCUGUCGAUCUUUCCUUUUGGAUUGUUCAGCAUGAAACCGCAAUCAGAGCCUAUACUCGAAACCCCCACCUCCGACUCACCUUUUUCCGUACCAUCAAUCUCUUUUCCAAGUUUGGGGCGCUCCCAGUUUUUGUGGUUGAUGGAACGCCGUCGCCGUUGAAGUCUCAGGCUAGGAUUUUGCGGUUCUUUCGGGCAUCUGGCAUGGAUUUAUCGAAUUUGCCGGUGGCAGAGGAGGGGGUUUCGGUGGAAAGGAAUGGGGCGUUUACGAAAUGCGUUCAAGAGUGUGUGGAGCUGCUUGAACUUCUUGGGAUGCCUGUUCUAAAAGCUAAAGGAGAAGCUGAAGCACUUUGUGCCCAGUUAAACAGCGAAGGUCACGUAGAUGCUUGCAUUACAUCUGACAGCGAUGCAUUCCUCUUUGGGGCUCAUUGUGUAAUAAAACACAUCCGACCCAACUCCAAAGAACCAUUUGAAUGCUACAAUGUGUCAGAUGUUGAAUCUGGUCUUGGGUUGAAGAGAAAACACUUGAUAGCCAUCUCCCUUUUGGUUGGAAAUGAUCAUGAUUUAAAGGGAGUCCAAGGAAUUGGGAUUGAUACGGCUCUUCGUUUUGUCAAAUCUUUCAGUGAAGAUGAGAUUUUGACUAGGUUAAGUGAAAUAGGCAAAGGAGAGACAUUGCAGUUCCAGGGUGGCAUGAGAUAUAUUGGUGAUUCAUUGCUAAAUUUGGAUGAGAACUCACCAAAGAAAAAAUGUCCUCAUUGUUCCUUCUGUGGGCAUCCUGGCAGCAAGAGAGCUCAUCUCAAGUUGCCUUGUGAAUAUUGCAGUUCUAGUACCAGCGCGGGUUGCGUGCAAAAACCUAUGGGGUUCAAAUGUAAUUGCACUUCAUGUGAUUUGGAUAGGAGAGACAAGGAACAGAAGAAGAAUGAAAAUUGGCAGAUAAAAGUUUGCCAGAGAAUUGCUAUGGAGCCAAAUUUCCCAAAUGUUGAGAUUGUUGAAAUGUAUUUGAGCAACAACCAUUGUUAUUUUUCUGCAGAUGAUGGCCCUAAUUUAACCUGGGAAAGCCCGAAAACUGAAAUGCUGGUCGAUUACUUGUCUUUUCAUCAGCAAUGGGAGCCCUCUUACAUACGACAAAGAAUGCUUCUGAUGUUAUCAACCAUUUUCCUUAGAGAAAUGACCUCAAAUCCAAAAAAUGAUUUGUUAUACAAUCAAUAUGAGUUUGAUUCUAUAAAGCGCGUGAAGAUCAGAUUUGGACAUCAAUGGUUUGUAGUUAAUUGGAAGAAAGCUGCCCCUGCAACGGAAAACACUAUCUGUACAGUUCCUUCCGAGGAGUCUGAUAUUCAACUGGACUCUAGCGAACUUAAUGAAUCCACUGAUCCAUUGGAUGAUGCCCCCCAGAUUUGUCUCGAUGAUGGCUGCUGGUUUUUGUCGACUGAUGAAAAUAUGGAGCUGGUUGAGGCUGCUUUUCCCGAGAAAGUUCAUCAAUUUUUGAAAGAAAAGGAACUGACAGAAAUGAAUUCAAGAAAAAAGAAAUCUGGUUUAGAUUCCAGAGGGACAUCUCAGAAUUCCGAAUCACCGACAACGAGAGGCGUGCAGCUCAGUAUUACUGAAUUUUACCGUUCAUCUAAAGUGAGAUGCCAGGAAAAAGCCGGGGGGAAUUUAGCCGAGAAUCCAAAGAGCAGUAUCGGUUCUUCGAAAGGAAAAAGGAAAGCGGCAAGUCCAAAUCUUUCCAAGUCUGCAAGGCGUCGGCUUUUGUUCGACUAGGGCAUUUUGCGUGAUUGGAUCCUUGCGGCUUGUAAUUAAAGGUAAAGUAGAAGUUUUUGUGUAAAUUUUUAUUUUUGGCUGGCCUUGAUUGAUAAUUAGCUGUAGCUGGGAAUUUGUAAUUGAAAUAUCAGGUUUACAUUGGCAGUCUCUUGGGUCUUCCUCCAUUUGUUAAAAAAAAACAAUGGAUGUCAAGUUGCAUCACUGUUCAUCUGUUCAUCUCAAAAUAUGUUUUUUUUUUAUCUAUUAAUAAUUUUAUUGUAGUCUCAGAUAUUUUUAUUAUGUCAACUUAAUUCCUAAUUUAUCCAGUUUA